AUUGAGAGCCACCUGUAGCUGAGAGUAUGAACUUAUACUGUAUUAUAGACAUGUUAGUGUUUCUAUCCUGUACCAUGUAAAGACUGCAUCAUUAUUUUAUCUGUUGACAAAAUAAUAAGUCAUAGCACAUAAUAAAACAGCUGGAGGCCUACAUUCAUAACUGUGUCUUUUUUAAGUAUGAAGUAAAGAACAGCGGAUGCAAACCUUGGCCAUUAUUGGUGUUUUGAUUUGUCUUAGCUUUAAAUAAUUACUUUAAUUCUAUUUCGUCCAUUCUAUGAAACUAUUAGUUUGAAGUUAGUUGGGGUGUGCGCUAACUACCCGCCUCGUGAAGCUCAUUAAUGGACCUUCACGUUGACAGACGAGAUGUCCAAUGGUUCAAUGGAAUCCUCCGGGCAACCAAUAGCCUUCGGUUCCGAGCUGCUGCUGCUUGCUGAUUGGCGGAAGGAGCUUCUGCCUCCCGAGUACCGACGCUUCUCCUUUGGUCAAGGUUGCACUUGGCAGCUGCAGUAGGACGCGAACUGAUCGCUGCUUACUCACGGAGGCCAGCACCAAUUAUCAUCAUCAGCAGCAGCAACAGCUCUGCUCUCGUUUUUAUACCGGAGCGUCAUUCUAGGAUCUCCAUCCUCACGGUAUAUCCGCCAUGGACGAGAUGGAGGAAGAGUUAAAAUGCCCCGUUUGCGGCUCCUUUUACCGGGAGCCCAUCAUACUGCCUUGCUCCCACAAUAUUUGCCUGGCGUGUGCGCGGAAUAUUCUUGUGCAGACCCCCGAAGCCGAGUCCCCGCAGAGCAGCCGAGCCUCCGGGUCCGGCGUCUCAGAUUAUGAUUACUUGGAUUUGGAUAAAAUGAGUUUGUACAGCGAGGCGGACAGCGGAUACGGGUCCUACGGGGGGUUUGUCAGCGCUCCGACCACCCCCUGUCAGAAAUCACCGAACGGAGUCCGGGUUUUCCCCCCGGCCGUCCCCCAGCCCGGUCCGCAGCAGCACCUCCUGCCGCAUCCGGCCUCCUUGCCCCCGAUUCCCCGCAACUCCUGCAUCACAUGUCCGCAGUGUCACCGCAGCCUGAUCCUGGACGACCGGGGGCUCCGGGGGUUCCCCAAAAACCGGGUGCUGGAAGGGGUGGUGGACCGGUACCAGCAGAGCAAGGCGGCCGCCCUCAAGUGCCAGCUGUGCGAGAAGAGUCCGAAGGAGGCCACGGUGAUGUGCGAGCAGUGCGACGUGUUCUACUGCGACCCGUGCCGCCUGCGCUGCCACCCGCCCCGCGGUCCCCUCGCCAAGCAUCGCCUGGUUCCCCCCGCGCAGGGCCGGAUCAGUCGCCGCGCGAGCCCGCGUAAGAUCUCCACCUGCACGGAGCACGAGCUGGAGAACCUGAGCAUGUACUGCGUGCAGUGCAAGAUGCCCGUGUGUUACCAGUGUUUGGAAGAGGGGAAGCACGGCACGCACGAAGUCAAAGCACUGGGCGCGAUGUGGAAACUGCACAAGGGUCAGCUGUCCCAAGCCUUAAACGGUCUGUCAGACAGAGCCACCGAAGCAAAAGAGUUCCUGGUUCAGCUGAGGAACAUGGUGCAGCACAUCCAGGAAAACGGCGUGGAAUUUGAGGCCUGUUUGGUGGCGCAGUGCGACGCGCUGAUCGACGCCUUGAACCGCCGCAAAGCCCAGCUCCUGGCCCAAGUCAACAAGGAGCACGAACACAAGCUCAAGGUGGUUCGGGAUCAGAUCUCCCAUUGCACGGUGAAGCUGCGUCAGACAACAGGACUCAUGGAGUACUGCCUGGAAGUCAUCAAGGAGAACGAUCCCAGUGGCUUCCUGCAGAUCUCGGACGCUUUGAUCCGGAGGGUCCACAUGACCGAGAGCCAGUGGGGGAAGGGAACCCUGACCCCGAGGAUGACCAGUGACUUUGACCUCACCCUGGACAGCGGGCCGCUCCUGCAAACCAUCCACCAGCUGGACUUUGUACAGAUGAAAGUCCCAGCUGCUCCCAUCCUCCAGCUAGAAGAAUGCUGUACCCAGAACAACAGCGCCACAUUGUCAUGGAAACAGCCGCCGCUCUCCACCAUCGCCGUCGAGGGCUACAUCCUGGAGCUGGACGAUGGGAACGGAGGCCCGUUCAGGGAGGUGUACGUGGGGACGGAAACCAUCUGCACGGUGGACGGGCUCCACUUCAACAGCACGUACAAGUCCAGAGUGAAGGCGUUCAACUCCAGCGGAGUGGGCCAGUACAGCAAGACGCUGAUCAUGCAGACCUCUCAGAUUGCCUGGUUCACCUUCGACCCUGCGUCCGCUCACCCCGACAUCGUCUUCUCCAACGACAACCUGACGGUGUCGUGCAACAGCUACGACGACCGGGUGGUCUUGGGCAGCGCCGCCUUCUCCCGCGGCGUCCACUACUGGGAAAUGACAGUGGACCGCUAUGACAACCACCCCGACCCGGCCUUCGGCAUCUGUCGGGGCGACGUCCUGAAGGACGUGAUGCUGGGGAAGGACGACAAGGCCUGGGCCAUGUACGUGGACAACAACCGCUCCUGGUUCAUGCACAACAACUCUCACACCAACAGGACGGAUGGUGGCGUCGCCAAAGGAUCGACGAUAGGAGUGUUGCUGGACUUUACACGUGGGAUCCUCAUCUUCCUCAUCAACGAUGAGCAGCAGGGUCCUGUUGCCUUCGAGAGCUUGGAAGGCGCUUAUUACCCCGCCAUCAGCCUCAACCGUAACGUCCAGGUCACUCUUCACACUGGGCUACCCAUCCCUGACUUCUACACACCCGGGGAGGCAGACCCAACGAGCUCCGUGUGCUGAAGCCAGCGCCGACCCCCUUCCCCGCCCCGUCGUAGGUCAAUACCUCUAACCCGCCCUCGCCCUCCUGAUCUCGACUCGCCGUCUGUCGCCCCGACCUAACGACCCCCGUGACACGCCGUCGGAGGCCUCAUGACAGCCCUAAGCCAUGCCUUUUUCAUGCCUAAGCUUUGGAGGCGGCCAUGUGCAGGACAGCGCAUGUGGUGCCUACGACUCGGGACGUUUCACCGCAACGUCCAGAGGAUCAGCAACGAAAGCACUGAAGUGAAGGAGUUCUUUUACAUUUCAGAAAAUAUGACACAUUGAGUCAAGACUAGGCAUGGGCUGGUGAGAAACUCUCAAGGAACGUAUAAAACAGAUGCUUUUUUUUUUGUUCGUAUCAUUUUGUAAAUUUAUAUUUCAGGAUUUUUAGAUGGGCGUCAACAUUUAUUUUCCCAUUCAUCUCCUCUCAAAAUGCACAUGUACAUGAAAUAUUCCCAAAUGUUCAAUUCAAACUCAAAAAAUACUCCCAAAGUGUUGUAACUCAAAUUAUUCUUGUUAUUAUUCAGAUUAUUAUGGAUUAUUACUGAGUUUUUCCCUUUGGUUUUCCAGCCACGUGUCUCCAAAAUUUAAUCUCAGACUUUUCAGUUACUUUAGCAGCUGAUAAGUCCAAGUAGGUUCUGUCUAAAUAGGAAAACAUCUAUCAAGAUAAUCAGGAUUUGCUGUAAUAACAAAACUCUUGUUUGACAUAUCGGGACAAAAAACUGUGACAGAACCUUACAGAACAUAGAAUAUGCUGAUAAACACCAAAAGAACAAAAUUCAGACAUUGGUGGAAUGAAAAAUAUGACAGAAAGUCUAAUAUCCCAACAUUCCCUAAAUUUUGUGAUAUUAGCAUCAAGAGAAUUGGCUUAUGAAGCAACAAAUUGCACUGUUCUACUUUUUCAACACUGGGAGUAUAACAAGCAGUUGAGCUAUCUGCUCAUGUAGCAGCCACCUGCUCAACAGAAAAGCAAGCAUAAGAAGGAUGAGUGCUUGUCCUUUACUGUCCAGGCCUUAAGUAUCUAAUUAUUUCCAAAGAGCUGCUUUUUUGAACCUGAUUUCUUGUUACUGGUAACCAGCCCAUGCCUACAGUCGAGAGUUGGGCUACCUUCACAUUGCAGGUAUAAAUGCUCAGUUCAGAGGGUUAGGGUUUGUUCCUUGGUGUGUUGUUGUUAUUACUAUACUAUGAUUGAGAACGCUCUGCGGCACGCGCAGAAGAAGACAUGAUGUCGCAAGCAGCCCAUUGUUUGCAGAAGCAGAUGCGGAUGCUGCGAACGUCAUCACACCUCAGUUCUGACGCGGCGCAAUUGAAGCUGCCAGAAAUGACGAUUAGCUCCGUUGACAGUGUCUGCCGUGCUUUUUUUUUUUUUUUUUUUUUUCCCCCCCAACUGUUUACAUUCGGUCAUGCCGCUUUCCGCCUCAUUUGGCGCAAAAUUGUACCUCGUCUCCGUGACUUUUCAAUGCGACACGUCUGUUCAGACCGAGAUCGCUUUCGAGAACAUCAUCCGAUUUGGGACGUGGAAAUCGGGAAUUGUGCUGUGCAGACUGUGACACUUCUUACGUAAAUAUGGAGAUACUUUUCUGAGUUUGGACCGCAUUUGAAAGUAAAAUCGUAUUUUUGCUGCUCAGAUUCAUCUUAAGAAAAAAAAUAAUCAGAUAGGGUUCACGUCUCCGUCUGCAGUGUAAACACAGAUCACUACGACGCUACAGCUCAGAUCACAAGAAACAAAUGCUUGGCAGAAUGUCCAACUCUUCUUAAAUGAAGGAGUUUUUUGUUUUUUUAUGAAUUCGUUAGACAAAGAUCUUGUAUUAACCUUUGCUUUUUUCUUACAGCUCAAUAUAUUGCAUUCUUCAUGCCUCUUUGUCAGGUUUCCAUCUUGAAGACUGUUGUGGAUUCAAAACUCUUGAGUCGAGAAUGAGAAGUCCUACUUUGUGACUGUGUGUGUGUGUGGGGGGGGGGGGGGGGGCGCCCGGCCAUUCUUCCUGGACCAGAGUCCAGCUCAAAGUCAUAUCAGUGUCAUUACCUUCGUUUGUGUAAGUGGGAAGCUUUUCUUAGUGGUUUGGCUCAAGUGAAACUUCUGUGUUGUGUUUUUUUUUUUUUAAUUAUUUUUAAUAUUUACAGCAUCGAAGUUUAGGAUGCAACAGGAAGGAAGACCUUUAUUUUUUCUUUUGCAGUGGCGCUUUCAAAACAGGGGAGGGACUUUGCUUGAAUCCAUCUCAAAGGCGGGGGAUUUUAAACGACUGUGAAGACGUUCUUAUAAGGUGCUAAAGCAGUUCACAUAGUUUGGGCUUUUUUUUUUCUUUUUUUACUGUGAGUGACUGAAUUCUGGUAGUUUUUGUAAUAUUGUUAUUGAAAUGAUCUAUUGCGAAGAGGUGUAAAGUUAAAUAAGUUAUUGGUGUUAAGAGAUUUUUAGUGAGAAUUUUAUCCUCGUUCCCCUUUUCGCCGAUGUACAGUUACAGCCAAGGGGACGAACGGCGCUUCUCUGCUUUAAACGUUUUAUUAGACGUCAGCGGGGGGAUUUUUGGAGGGGAAAUUAGAGGCUUUUUCAGUUUACAUGUCUACAAAAGCAACAAGACAGGAGACACUGGAAUGGCUUUUGUUUUGGGGUUUCUUUUGGCUAACAUUCUUUUCAGUACUUACUGACUAAAACGCUUGGUGGUUCAGUGCUAAAGCGUGCAAACGUGACAAAAACUGUGCCAACAAUGACUUUCCACGUUUAUGAGAGCUGAAAAAAAAAAAAAAGUGUCUCGCACAAUUUUACUAAGCACUAGUGGCCUCAUUGUCAUGCUAACAGUUGCUAAUUAGCACCAAACACAACUGAUGAACACAGACCAUAAGGCACCAGACAAAGCGAGUGCUGUCUGACGUAGUAAGAAUUAGCUUCAUUCUGCUCCACGUGACGACAGAACAACCUGAACCAUCCAACUGUAAAAUCCUGCGACCCAGGCGACCGUUGUGCAACAUGUUAGCGUGCUAGCACGCAGGUUUAUAACGCCUCAGUUUUUCAAGUUGCAGUUAAAACUACCAACCUCUACGUGCAUUUUCAAUACAGGUUUCAGUCUGAAAGGAUGGCUGUCUGAAAAAGGCAACUCGAUGUUCCUUUUUAACGUAGGAUUGUAAUUAACAGUACAUAUUGUAAUAUAUACAGAGUAUAAUAUACUCUUGUGUUUUACAGUAGCCCGGAAUGGCUUGACCAAAAAACAAAGAAGUCUUAAGAAAAGGUCUUUCAGGAAGAAGAAUGUUAAAUUUUGAGUUUGUUGCAAUCUUUAACCUCGUCACUAGGUGUCACUAAACCUAUUUGAUUGCUCCUUUAAUCCUCCAAUUUUGCUCCUUGCUCCUUUAAUCCUGCUGAAUUGAUGGUGAAAACUUUCUAUUCCUUCUGGAAAAGCAGAUCUAGCGGCAAUAUCUGCUUCAAGUUAAAAGAAAAAAAAAGUAAGUCAUUAAUUAAACAUUUUUGGGCAGGAAAUAAAACCAAAUUAAAUAUUGCACCAGAUUUUUUUAAAUUAAACAUUGAAUUUGUAGCUUGACUCCUCAAAAAUGUCCUGCGUUCUUCACCCAAUUUUUUUAUU